GCCAGACCGGAAUGGCGACGAAAUUAACAUGCCUGAUUGCAGUAAAUGUAUACCCUUGCACUCAUUGUGCAUUGGGAUUCAAAGAAAUAAAUUUAGCUUGUGUAUAGGGACCAUGCCAUGAUAUACAGACAAAAGCUGGUGGAAGUUUAGGAUCUCUUCUAAGACCUCUUCCAACCGACCGUUGCCGCUAGCAGUACCAGCUGAUGUUCUUGAUGUACUAAUCGAGAACCUGUAUACAGAUGAUGCCACAAUUAUUGCAGAAUGUGCAGAUGCUGAGAAGCUGUGUAACAUUUUGGUAGUUGCCGACCAAAUGCUCAGUGUGAGGCUUAAACAGAUGUGUGAGGUUGCAAUUGUAGCUUUAGUGAGUAUGAAGAAUGUGGGGGAGUUACUGGAAUUUUCAAGUACAUACAAUGCCGGUCAGCUUAAAGCUACAUGUCAGCAGUUCAUCUCCCUCAAUUUAGCGUCACUUUUGGAAGGAAGGUAUUUAGAUGUUUUAAAGCGAUGAAGUGAUAGCUGAUUUAACACAGUAUUACAGACAAGCAAUACCAAACAUGUCAAGAAGGAUGAUUACUCCUUUUGAUGAGAGUCCAGACAGGGAUUUUCUGGAAAAGCUUGGCAAUGAGCUAGGUAUAGACUCUGAAAGCACCCCACAUGGGGCCCCAAGUGAACCAAAAAAAUCCAAGUCCAAAAGAAGAAGAAAUAGGACUAAAAGCUCUGCCGAAGACGGGGAAAAAUAUGGAGACAGAGGUCUGAGGAAUUUGUCCGAAUCCGACAGAGGUGUGGUUGAUGCUAUAGCAGAAAGACAGUUGGAAGCUGAAUUAACAUCACAAGACAAAAGUUUAAUUGAACAGCUAGAUGUUGUAGAACCUUUAAAGGAAGGCACCCAAAAAGUGAAGGUAAACAGAACAUCACCUCCUGGCAGACAUGAAGACACUCGAGCAUGCGUUGAUACCAUUAUCAAGAACAGUGGAGGUAACAACAGCAAAUCCAGUGAUACCACCUGUACAGAAUCAAGUGGCAACAGCAACAACUUAGGCAUCAGCAAAUACAAUAACAACACCAACCAUAAUAGAAUAAAUAACAGCAAUAGCAGCAGCAGCAACAACAACAGCAGCAGUUACAGUGUUGAGGGUGGGAUAAGCACAAGUAGAAGCCUGCGUGAUAUAAUCCUGGAAGAGGAAGCUAGGUCAAAUAAGAAAUUGUCCAAGCAGUCUACCAACAGUGAAAUGAAAGCCAAAUUUUCCUGGCGGGAUGUAAAGAAACAGCAACAGAACAGACAGAAAGGUCAAGGUCAGGAAGAGGUCACCCAUGAAGGUCAAAGGUCAUCCAAUGAAGGAGGUCAACCUUUACAGAAGUUUUGUCCUUGGGGUUCCUCCACACAAGAAGUUCAUUCAUUCCGUAGUGUCAUUGAACAAGACAAGGCUACCUCGGGAAGUCAGCAUAAAGACGCCCUUGCGAUAAGCGUUAAAACACCCAAACCAGCGGUCAAAGGUAGCCCUGUCUCAAGUAGCCCCGCGUCAUUAAGUUGGGGUCUGCAGCGUAGCAACAGGAAUCAGGUCACUACUGGCAGCCCAACACUGAAAAUAAACCCUACAAAAGGCGUAACUAGUCCGCAGGCAUGGUCUUCUGCUGGGCCUACAAGCCCCGAGUCUCCAGAAAAACCCUGGUCAGGGGAGAUCAUCCAGAGUCCAACAAGUCCAAUUUGCAGUUUCUACGACAUAGUGAAAGACGAACAAUUGAAAGUGGACACGCUCACAAGGGCAUCUAACAAACCACUUGCUUUGAUUCAGAUUGAGGAGCAGGCAAUUCAGGACCUGUUGAUCCACUACAAGGCUGCUGACAGCGUUGAGGAAAGGAUCACAGUUGAACGUGUCGUAACUACUGCUGCUACACCACUGUGGAAACGGGAAAGACUUCAAUCAUCAUGCUCCUGACUUGAUGACUUCUGGCUGAAGAUUGUUGAAUGUUUACUGAUGAUUUAGGAAACAGGAGACUAUUUAGUCUGAUAAUAUCUCCCCUAAUAUAUUGGAAGACAUAUUGUUUUUGCUGGAGUUGUCUGUCUUUCUGUCUGUCAGUUACAAAUGUUGUCCGCUCCAUAAUUCUUGAAUUGCUUCAAGGAUUUUGAUAUAAUUCACCUAAAAUGUUCACCAUUAUUGAGACUCUAUGGAGAGCAUGUGACACUCAGCUGGGUUCAAGGUCAAAGGUCAUAUGAUUUAAAUAUGACUCUUUUUCUUGUCCAAUUUUCACCAUAUUGAGACAACAUGCAGAGCAGGUACAUGUUGCAACCAUUUUGGUUCAAGGUUACACUUACGAUGUUAAAGGUCAUGACUACCUCUGUGUCAGCUCAAUAUCUCUUGAGGAUUUGCCUUGCCUCAAAUGUCCACCAAAUUGACGAUGUGCAGACUUUCAAAAUUGAUGAUUACAUAAUUUCCAAGAUCUUGUUACUCAGAAGGUAUUCUUCACAUGCAGAUAUUAUCGAAAUAUGCCUGUAGCCAGUGGAAUGCUUAAGUUUUAAUUGAUGAAUUCAUUAAUCAUAGUAAAAUGUAUUAUUGUAAAAGCUGAUUUAUAUAAAUAUGCUCCUAUUGUAGAAAUACAAUUAGUCAGAUUAAUUGUCUUGAUUACCUUUUGACCAAGGAUUGUUAGAUGUUUGAUGGCUUAAUGAAUACAUACUGAUGGAUUGUGUUUAAACUUGGCUGAUGCUCCUCUUCGGAAGCUGAUGCGUGUGUCCAGCCUUUCUCCUUUCUUCAACCCAGGCACAAUGUAUUUAGACUCAGUGUUGUUUUCGCUGUUUAGACGAGGCAGAAUUUGUUCAUCAUUUUCAAAAGGCUUGGCCUGAUCCACUCCAAGAACAGUUUUAUUAGUCCCAGAUCAUCAACUCAGAGAUAAUAACGAGGUGGUGGAUAUUGUAUAUGAAUUGGAUUUUGUUUGUUUUGAGAUACGAUGGACUUUUAAUGUUACUCUGAUUAUUUAUUACUGGUUUCAGGGGGUUAAAUGUUCUCCGUAUUACCUGACUUUGUAAAUAUGCAUGUUUGGCCUUUCUGCUUUCAAAUGAGAAAAGUGGAGGCAUUGUCAUAGCCUUAAUGGCAUUGCUGGUGAAUACCUCAGGCAGUUAUUAAAACAAUUAAAAUAGGUUAACCUUAUGUGUGCAAUUGUACCAAAUAAAACUUAAUCCAUCUUAAUUAUUGUAUUAACCUAAUAUGUGCAACUGGCCCAAACUUCUCAAAAAAUCUUAGGUCCCUUAUAACAGGAUGAAGCUGAGCACAUUAUUUUUGAUUUUGUAUCAAUUGUUUAAUAAUCUCUUUUUAAAGAGUUUUGAGGCUAUUAAAGGAAAUAAAACUUACGAAAAAUAAGAUUAAUUACUUGCUGUUUCUUAAAUUUAUAUUAUGAAAGUAAUAUUGCUAAAUGAAAUAAGUUACUCAAGUGAGUUAUGCUGAUUUUUUUUUCGAGAAAUUGGGGCUAAGUACGGAAUAAAAGUAAACAUAUCUUAAUGAUUGUAUAAUGUUUACAAUAAAUAAUAAGCUCACUUCUAGCAAGUCCCAUAAAUUUGGCUAAAAUAUUUCUUGAGUUUAUGCCCCUUCCUCCAACCUUCAAAAACAGACUAGCUUUAAACAAAGGGGGCCGAUUAUAGGAUGUUAUGUGACAUUGCUCAAUGAAAACAUUAGUUGUUAGAGGAUUAUAUUAGUGCUACUUCUCAAUUGAUGAACAUUGGAUCUUUCUGUGGAGGAUGAGUUUUGACAAAUACAUGAAUUUGUGUAUGUCAGUGUAUUGAUUAAUCACAAAUUCAACCAUGGUGUAAGUUGGUUUUAGAAAGGGGCAUGCCGAAAUGAGAACCUAAGCAAUAUGUCUGGCCUCACUUUCAUGAACAAUAUAUUUUUAGCUCGACUAUUCGAAGAAUAGGUGGGCUAUACUACUCGCCCCAUCGUCGGCGUCUGCGUCCGGUUAAAGUUUGAGGGCAAGUUGGGAUUUUCACUUAUAAGUCCAAUACCCUACAUUCAAUUGACUUAAUACUUCACGCAGUUGUUCAGGGCCAUCACAUGAUGAGGUUAGAUAACUCCAUAUUAUUCUUUACACAGAUUAUGGCCCCUGAUUGACUAUGGAACUUGGGUUAAAGUUUUAGGGCCAGUUGGAAUAUUUAUUAAUAACUUCUAUAUCCUUUGUUCAAUUGACUUAAUACUUCACACAGUUGUUCAGGACCAUCCCACAAUGGGGUUACAUAACUCCAUAUAAUCCUAAAUACAAGUUAUUGCCCCUGAUUGACUUAGGUUAAAGUUUUAGGGCAGGUUAAAGUUUUAGGGCAAGUUGGGAUUUUCACUUAAAACUCCAAUAUCAUUCAUUCAAUUGACUUAAUUCUUCACACAGAUGUUCAGAGCCAUCACAUAAUGAGGUUAGAUAACUCCAUAUUAUCUUUUAUGCAAAUUAUGGCCCCUGAUUGACUAUGGAACAUAGGUUAAAGUUUUAGGGCAGGUUGGGAUAUUGUUUAAUAAGUUCUAUACCCUUCAUUCAGUUGACUUAAUACUUCACACAAUUGUUCAGGACCAUCACCCAAUGAGGUUAUGGCCCCUGAUUGACUUAGGUUAAAGUUUUAGGCAAGUAAACGUUAAGGGCAAGUUGUGAUUUUAAUAAAAAAAAAUUCUAUACCGUUUAUUAAAUGCACUUAAUAAAAUUCAAAAUUAUUUAUGACCAUCUUACAACAAGAAACAUAACUCUGUUUUAAGCCUAAAUACAAGUUAUGGCCCUUGAAUAUUUUUUUUUUUAAUUUCCUUUGAAAGGCAUAUUUGUAUAUUCUUAACCACAUUUUCAUAAUGGGAAAUCAAGUUAUUUGAAUGACUUGCGUCAUUGUUUGGGCGGGCUGGUGGGAGGGCAGCAUCAAAGUCACCUUAUGUAUCAUAUAAUUUUAGUUAGGUUUGACAUAAAGAGACUAAACUUGGUAUUAUUACAUCGUUAUUGUAUUCUAAGUCAAAGCGGCGUAGUCGAGCGGCUGUCUUACGACGGCUCUUGUUAUUCUAUUAUUAUAGUAAAACUGAGUAAAUUUGCUAUAAACAUUUAAGUAUUAUAUCCAUCUUUUGAAUGAUCAAGUAAUGAGUUUUGAAUUUAAAAACAUAUUUUGUAGUUUUAGCAGGUCUAUUUCUUUUUGAAGACAAAAAGUUGAUGUUUAUUGACAUUGCCAGCCUUGUUGUGAGAAAUUGUUAACCUUGACCAUAAUAAAAACAACAACAAAGAUUCAAGAUAUUGGAGUGAAACUUGGAACACAUGUCAACAGGGUCAACAUGCAAGGCGCACAACUCUGGUUUCAAUAAUUGUCGAGUUAUCCCACCUUUCGAACUGUAAAAAAACAGACGAGUGUUGAACUGUCUAUUGUGUAGAAAAGUUUGUGGUUUCUGUUACACUAUGUUAUUAAGUGCUGUAGUUUUGCCAUCUGUGUGGCAUGGGAUAUGUAUAUGUAUAUACCGAUCAUGUUGUUUGGUGGCAUUAUCUAGUGUCACACUUUUAUCUCAUUGUCUAAAUCGAAUAUUUCCCAAAUUUGCUCACAUUGUUUAUGGGCAUGCCAUAUAUGGGUAUGCCUGCCAAAUUUUUAAUCAUUAAACAGCUAGAUUGCAUUAAUCACUCUUAGUUAAUUUUAUUUAAAAUAAGGCGCAUCAAGCAGGUUGCCUAAACAUUGUGUGUAAUAUUUGUUUAUCAGUAUUGUUUUAAAGAUAUUCUGGAGGUGUUCACAAUGCUGAACAGUGAUUUGAGACUUUGAUUAACAUUGUUGUAAUCUGUUUUAUACGAUUUGCAAUGUGCUAUGAGAAAAUAAAUAAUGAAAACUAUUUUUUCUGCGUUAAUAA